AUGAUGGACUGGCGAUCUCAGCAUACAAGCUGUAGAAAAGGCUUGAUGCCAUUGUCAAUGGUGUUUGGCAUGGAGCGGGUCAUUGGGGAUUCGCGAAGAACGGAAGCUGGCGUUCCCCAUUGUGGUUGCAGGUGGAUUGCGAUUCAGACUUUCAGAGUCCCGAUAACCGGCAACUUUCUUCUAGUUGCCAGUUAG